CCCCGCUUCGCCCACGCACUCAAUCGACAUGGAGACCUUGCCGCCAUUACCCGCUCGUGGAUGGAACUCCCUCUUCGACCGUCUCUUUGGCGGCCGCCGGCGCCGGUGCCCUGCUCUCCCGCUCCCUGUCCACAGUUCCGUCGGUCAUUCUCUCCGUACUUACAGGGAUAUUUACAACAAGCCCAUUGGCUGCGUCAUCUUGGAGGAAAUUAUGCAACGCACACUGUCCUAUUUGCGUAGCAUUGAUGAAAAUUUGGAGUAUUGGAGCUCCAAGAAUUGUUGGGGUUCAUCAUAUUCACAGACAAUGUAUUUCAUGAUAUUUCAAAGAGGUCCAGGUGCUUUUGUUGAAGCAACAUGCCCACGUCUGACUGGACUUGGGAACAACGGAGGUCCAUCGCAGAGCCUUUUCGAGUCUGCAUAUAAUAUUAUCUCAACAAACAUUCAUGUCCUGAAGAGUAUCAAUCGCUGCUUGGCUGUUUUUCUUGCUGAGGUUUAUCAGCAAGCAGAUAUAGGCAAAGAAGGAUUAACUGGAAGUCAUCGUGAAUCCCUAUGUACACUAUUUAUUGUUUUGAACCAUGUCUUUCCCAAGUUGGAGGAAUUACACAGAAAGGGCCAAACUCUUCUAUUCACAAAUGAUGAAAACCCAUCUGAACUUCAAUUCAAAAGAUUGCCAGAAGUUGACAUUAAUAGUUCACAAUGGACAGAUGCAUUCUCAGCAAAUGCUAUAGGUUUGAUCUAUCAAAACCUCGAGAAUCUAGAUAAUUUUGUUUCCACUUUGCUUUCAAGGCAUAAAAAACCAACACAUAUGACCUUAUACUGGUUCCCCUACACAUGUGGAGCAAUUGGCUUCUCGUUAUGCUCUCUAUGGCUAUUACGCCAUAGUAGCUUGAUGGGAAGUUCUGACGACUAUAACUUGGUUCAACAUGCUAAGAAGUCCAUUGCUCGAUUCUGGAGUGAUCCCAUUGAACCAGUAAGAUAUUUAAUUUCUAUAUUUUUUUAAAUCUUUUGUGUUAUACUAGUGCAAGUAAACUGAAAGUAAAUCAAGCUAUUUUAGCGGGGUGCAACAUUUUAUUGGUCAUCUAUAUUAGAAUUAAACACGGCUUAGGUAUUCCAUACAUGUACGUAUACAUGUGUGGCCGACUAGGACUAGUAUUAGAAACCGACUUGGUUUGCUUAUGCUAGCUAGGCUGAGCUGCAUAUAUAUAUGCCUGUACCCCCAACCCUGUAGACCAACGAAAA